AUGAAUCUUCCGGAAUCGGAUAGCGAAGAUGAACUACCUCCUGGUUGGGAGGAGAGGGUCACUGUGGAUGGCAGCGUUUUUUACGCCAAUCAUUUGACCAAAAACACCCAGUGGACUCACCCGAGAACUGGCAAGAAGAAGAGAGUUUCUGGAGACCUACCUUUUGGUUGGGAAAGAUGCAUCGACAAGAACACAGCAAAAGUUAUUUACGUAGACCAUGAAAACAGAAGAACAACUUAUACUGAUCCAAGGCUGGCAUUUGCUGUUGAAGAAAAGGAACAUGUGAACGACUACAGACAAAGAUUCGAUGCUUCCAGCACAGCAUUACAAGUUCUUCAUGGUAGAGACUUGAAUGGAAAGCUAGCCCUAGUGACUGGGGCUAAUGCAGGCAUAGGAUUUGAAACAGUCAGAUCACUUGCCAAACACGGCUGCACGGUUAUUUUCGCUUGCAGAAAUCUAGCUGCAGCCGAAGAAGCCAUCACGCAGAUCCGAGAUGAAAAAGCUGCCGCUGGGGAUAACUGCAUAGCUAUCCAUUUGGAUUUGACGUCGUUGUCUUCAGUAGUUCAGUUUGCUAAUACGGUGAAAAGCAAAUACGAUCGACUCGACAUGCUGAUUCUCAAUGCGGGAGUUUUCGGUCUGCCAUUCACCAAAACUCUGGAUGGUUUCGAGACGACUUUCCAAGUCAAUCACCUCUCUCACUUCUACCUGACCAUCCUGUUACGACCUCUGUUGGUCACUGGAUCAAGGGUCGUAUCGGUCUCUUCCGAAUCACACAGAUUCGCCAACCUCACCAUACAAAACAUAUCUCCUCAAACCUUGUCGCCGGACUCUGCUAGCAAAUAUUGGGACAUGAUGGCAUACAACAACUCGAAGCUUUGCAAUGUGCUGUUUGCCCGUCAGUUAGCCAAAAAUUUGCAGGACUGCGGCAUCUCGGUAUUCAGUUUGCACCCCGGCAACAUGGUGUCCACUCGUCUGGCGCGCAACUGGUGGCUGUACAGGGUGUUGUUCGCCGUCGUGCGACCGUUUACCAAGAGCUUACAGCAAGCAGCCAGCACUGUGGUGUAUUGCGCCACUGCUAUAGAAUUGGUCGGCGUCACAGGUGUUUACUUCAACAACUGCUACCAGUGCCAAGAGAGCGCUGUUGCCAAAGACGACGAAAUGGCCAAAAUUCUUUGGGACACUAGCGUCGAAAUGAUUAAGACCGUUUUAGGGAACAAUGCACCCGGAUUGGAUCAUGAAAACAAGAAAUCUUUGGAAGAAUGAAGACCUUCAACUGGAAGAAGAGA